AUGGCACCCACAAAGCGAGCGAACAGCUCCGCCGCCGCCUCCUCAGGCUAUGUUGAGAACCACUCCAAGGGACCUAUGCUGCGAUGGCAAGACUCCCUUCCUAAACUGCCCGUCCCAACACUCGAAGACACUGCGAAGCGUUAUCUCAAGUCGCUCCACCCCCUACUAUCUGCCAGCGAGUACGAGGCAAGCAAGAAGGCCGUCGAGGAAUUUGUCCGCCCUGGUGGUGUAGGCUCCAAGCUUCAGGAGAAGUUGGUGGCCAAGCGCGAGGACCCCAACACCAAGAACUGGAUUUACGAGUGGUGGAAUGAUGCCGCCUAUCUCUCAUACCGCGACCCCGUCGUCCCCUACGUCAGCUACUUCUACUCUCACCGGGACGACCGACGACGAAGAGACCCCGCGAAGCGAGCUGCUGCCAUCACAACCUCUGCCCUCGAGUUCAAGAAGCAGGUUGACGCCGGCACCCUUGAGCCAGAGUACAUGAAGAAGUUGCCUAUCUGCAUGGACAGCUACCAGUGGAUGUUUAACGCUUCCCGUGUUGCGGCUAAGCCAGCCGACUACCCUGUCAAGUUCUCGGCUGAGGAAAACAAGCACAUUAUUGCUAUUCGCAAGAACCAAUUCUUCAAGAUCCAACACGAAGUUAAUGGAAAGCAGCUCAAUACUUCAGAGCUUGAGCAGCAAUUUAAGCGUGUCUAUGAGCUUGCCCAACGCGUUCCUGCUGUUGGCGCUCUCACUUCUGAGAACAGAGAUGUCUGGACUGACGCUCGUGACAUUUUGCUCAAGGCCAGCCCCAAGAACAAAGACGCUCUCGAGGCUAUUGAGUCGUCCUCUUUCGUGGUUUGCCUCGACGAUGCGGCUCCAGUCACACUCGAGGAGCGUGCUCACCAAUACUGGCACGGCGAUGGUGCUAACCGCUGGUACGACAAGCCUCUGCAGUUCAUUGUCAACGACAACGGCACUUCUGGCUUCAUGGGCGAGCACUCCAUGAUGGACGGUACUCCCACUCAUCGCCUCAACGAUUACGUCAACGACCUCAUCUUUGGAAACAAGCUCGAUUUCUCUGAUCCCAGCAUCCGAUCCAACUUGCCUGAACCGCAAGUCGUCAAGUUCGAUAUCACAAAAGAAGUACAGAGCGAGAUUGAUCGCGCAACCAAGGACUUCAACGAUGUCAUCAGCAAGCAUCAGCUUGCCGUUCAAGCCUAUCAGGGUUACGGAAAGGGUCUAAUCAAGAAGUUCAAGUGCUCUCCUGAUGCUUACGUUCAGAUGGUUAUUCAGCUCGCCUACUACAAGAUGUAUGGCAAGAGUCGACCUACUUAUGAGUCCGCUGCUGUCCGACGCUUCCAACUUGGACGUACUGAGACAUGCCGAACCGUCUCUGACGACUCUGUUGCCUGGGUCAAGUCCAUGUCUGAUUCCUCCGUUGAUGACAAGACACGCGUGGAUCUCUUCCGCAAAGCUGUCAAUGCCCACGUUGAAUACAUCACCGCCGCCUCCGACGGUAAGGGAGUUGAUCGACAUCUAUUCGGUCUUAAGAAGCUUCUCGAGCCCGGCCAAGAGGUCCCCGCCAUCUAUCAGGAUCCCGCAUACAGCUACUCCAGCUCAUGGCACCUGUCUACCUCUCAGCUUAGCUCAGAGUUCUUCAACGGUUAUGGUUGGAGCCAGGUAAUUGAUGCUGGUUUUGGUAUCGCAUACAUGAUCAACGAGAACAGUCUCAACUUCAAUGUCGUUUCCAAGGGUCUGGGCAGUGACCGCAUGAGCUACUACCUCAACGAGGCAGCUAACGAUAUGCGCGAGCUGCUCACACCAACUCUUGAGCCCCCCAAGGCUAAACUGUAA